AUGCGUCUUUUGGAAGCAUUGACGAAUGGAGAGUUUCGGUUAACCGAGACGUUUCCCGAUAACGAGAUCUCUCUAUAUGCAAUCCUCUCACAUCGAUGGGAAAGCGAUGAUCAGGAAGUCACUUAUGAGGACAUGAUCAAAGGUCAGGGUCGAGACAAGGCCGGAUAUGACAAGAUCAAGUUCUGCGGAGAACAGGCGACCCGAGACGGCUUACAAUACUUCUGGGUGGAUAGUUGUUGCAUCGACAAAUCGAACGGCGGUGAAUAUCAGAAAGCUAUCCGGUCCAUUUUUCACUGGUACCGCCGAGCGAGUCGAUGCUAUGUCUACUUGUCGGAUGUUUUUGUAUCUCCCUAUGACAGCAACGAUAUACAGCGGUGGGAAUCGGACUUCCGGAACAGCAAAUGGUUCACUCGGGGCUGGACACUACAAGAACUGUUAGCCCCAAGAUCAGUCGAAUUUUUCUCUCGGAAUGGUGUACGCCUUGGUGAUAAAGGUUCGCUUCAGCAACAGAUUCAGCAGAAAACAGGAAUUGAUAUACAAGCACUCCAAGGAGCACGCUUAACUCAGUUUAGUAUCGAGGAACGAUUCGCAUGGAUGGAGCGCUGGAAGACGACACUUGAAGAAGAUAAAGCGUACUCGCUCCUCGGCAUUUUCGACGUCUCCAUAUCUAUCCAUUAUGGUGAAGGCAUGGCGAAUGCGUUCAGGAGGCUUGAAGAUGAGAUCAAUAAGCAGACAAGGUGCAUCCAAGACUUACUCUCUUCCAUCUGGCCUCGACUCCCUUUACGAGCGAAUGAUGGAGCAAAUAUACGAAUCGGAAGAUUCUGA